GGUCUUAUCUCAAGAGUUAUCAGUUGAUGCUGGAUAACAAGAUUAUAUAUAAUGGUGAAUAUUCUCUACAUCACUAGCUGGCUAGGCUUUUAACAAUGACGAUAGACUUGCAUAUUCUGCACAAUAGGAUCUUCAGAAUCACAUCUAGGAUUAAGCUGACUGUAUUUUAAGGUGACAAUAUAGCUUCAGUCAUCAUGGAUACCUCAAGCAUCAAUAUAUAUAAGAACUUGUUAACACUAUCAUUGUCAUUUACGUUGGUCUUUACAGCGUAUGGGUCACUGCAGAAUUUAAUCAGCAGCUUAAACCAAGUUCAAGGCCUUGGAGUGGCAUCUUUAAGUUGUAUAUACGGAGGUUUCAUUCUGUCAUGUUUCUUUGGGCCAACACUUAUUAAACGUCUAGGCUAUAAGUUUGUAUUCGUGACAGGGUGGUUCUGUCAUUGUAUUUUUAUAUCUACUAAUUUUUAUCCUAAAUACUAUACACUGGUACCUAGCAGUAUACUCCUUGGCUUGAUCUCUGGAGCCAUUUGGACAGCCCAGGGUGCGUUUCUAACUAGUCUGGCCACGAAAUACGCAACAAGUAGAUCAAGCGACAAUCCAACUAAAGCUGGCGAAGACAUCAGUCGACAGAUAGCUAAAUUUAUUGGAUUUUUUUAUAUGUUGUUUCAAAGUUCUCAGGUAUGGGGUAAUCUUAUAUCAUCUCUUGUAUUACAAUCUCCGGCUGUAAACUCUAACAAGACAACUGGGAGCACGCAUGUUGCAUGUGGAGCCGCUUUUUGUCCGUAUGAAGUGGAUCAUAACUUAAAUGCUUCUAGGUUUCGGGAAAAUCAUGAAGAACCUGACAAAACUGUAUAUAUCUUACUAGGAACAUAUUUAGGGUGUGAUGUAUUAGGCAUCAUAUUGACCAUUUUGUUUAUGAACAACAUCAAUGAGAGCAAAUGCGACAAAAAGACCGAUUUAGGCGAGAUUAAUGAGACAUCUGUAUUGGCCGCUGAUCAUGACGACAUUGAGAGGACCAACGACAAUCAAAAUGACAACGAGGCUAGAAAACACGCACAAAUUAAAGACUUAGAACUACCAGAAAAUGUUUUACUAAGUUUAUGGAGCACGUUGAAAUUAAUGUGCCAACCAAGCAUCCUUCUUAUAACUCCUUUGUUCAUCUUUUCAGGAGCCGAAGGAGCUUGGCUGUUUGGGGACUUUACUCAGGCGUUCACAACAUGCACACUCGGGGUAUCUACUGUUGGAUAUACAAUGAUUGGAUUUGGUGUAAGUGGCAUUGUGAUUUCGUUUCUUACUAGCAGGUUAGAGAAGUGCAUUCCGAGGUUGGCAAUGUUCAUUGCAGCAUCGAUCUUGAACAUUGGUGUCCUGUUAACAGUUCACUUCUGGCAUCCACAGUCUGAGACUAUGUGGAUGUUCUUCCUCGUCCCGGUUCUAUGGGGAGCGUCUGACACAAUCUGGUUAACGCAGAUUAGUUCACAUAUAGGAAUCAAUUUUUCGGCAAACAAGGAAGACGUAUUCGCAAUUUGGAGACUUUGGCAAGCAUUUGGACAAAUGAUUUCGUUUGCCGUCAGCCACUACGUCUGCAUGAAUACAAAACUGUAUACUCUGAUGUCAAUGGUGGUUCUGAGUAUGGUACUGUUUAUCAUUGACAACAUCAAAAACAAGAAGGUAGCAUCGAGGGGGGCAUGAUGUGAUAUCAAUAUGGAGAAUUACUACGGGGACUUCAAUGCGCGUUAAAAGUGAUACUGGCUGAUAUUGUUACCAUUUGGGAAUUCCAAAAUGGCAUGCACAGGAUACUUGGACCAGUUGAUUUUUUUCACAAGAUAGAGGAAAAUAACAUUGCAACUGGU